GGGGGACAUCCAGACGUAUCCAGAACCUCGGAGCCCUUGGCAUCCUUUGCAAGCCAGGAUUUCCUCUGUGGGGGAAAGAAGGAAGGAAGAGAGGGGAAGAACUGGCAGGGAUCCAUCCUGCGGCCCCAGAAAUGGUCCUGUAAAUGAAGACGCCCUUGGAGACCCCCCAGAGUCCCUGGAGCCCUUUGGAGCUGCUCUGCCGGAGAGAGAAAGGAUGGAGAUACCCCCUUUGGCCAAAGAGAGGAGUGGAAAAGGCCCCGCAGUUCUUCAGCCUGAGAGCUGUGAGGAGAGCUGGACCAGACCCGGGCAGAAGGUCCUGCAGGAGGGAACCAUGCUCCCUUCAGAAGUUCCGCCCUGGAACUUCAUCCAAUACCGUGAGGCUGAGGGUCCCCGAGGACUUUGCAGCCGACUCCAUGACUUGUGCAGCCGAUGGCUGAGACCAGGAAAGCACAGCAAAGCCCAGAUGCUGGACCUGGUGGUUUUGGAGCAUCUCCUGUUCCUUCUGCCGCCAGAGAUAGAGGACUGGGUGCGGGAGUGUGGAGCAGAGAGCAGCUCCCAGGCGGUGGCCCUAGCAGAAGGCUUCCUUCUGAGCCAGGCGGAGGAGCAGAAGGAGCCUCUCCAGUGGCAGUGCUGCAGUGUGGAGAUCAGAAAUCCUGAGGGAAAGAAGAACCCAUCAAAUCCCCCUCAGGAACUAUUUUUCGGGAGGAUCCCUUGGGAAGAUCCAAGUCACGACACGUCAGGAGAGAAACAAAGAAUGAAGCUUUCUGGUUCUUAUGACGGUGAUCAAACAUCGGUUGAACCUCCAAAUCAAGAGAGUCUUGUGUCCUUCGAGGAGGUGGCUGUGUAUUUCUCUGAGGAGGAAUGGUCUCAGCUGGAUCCUGACCAGAAAUCACUGCAUUGGGAAGUCAUGCUUGAAAACCAUAGGAACCUGGUCUCUCUGGGUAAUAAUGGGCAGGAGAAUCAAGAUUCCUCUGAACUGUCCCAAGUGAUCAAUGCUAAAGAUGGAACAGAGAAGUUUGGAAUUCGAAUGGAAUUUGAAAGCCAUGAGAGAAACCAGUCAAAGAUUUGGAAUCAGGAAAGCUCAUCUUACACUGAUGCUCCAAUGCAAGACUUUCUUGCCCAAGAAGAGAAAAUAAGGAAAAAAUAUACUGGAAAAAGUGUGAAGCUAUUCAAAGGUACAGUACAAGUAAAUGAAAACUAUUUAACCCAAAACAAAGGAGAAGAUGCUAUAAGAAGACACAAUGGACAAAAUUACAAUGGGACAUUCAUUCUUUCUCUUGGGAAUAACUUCCUUACAGCUCAAAAAGUGAUUGACACAAAAGAGAAGCCUUAUAAAUGUUUGGAAUGUGGAAAAUGUUUUAGAACAAGCACGGAACUUACUAUCCAUAAAAGGAUCCAUUCAGGAGAGAAACCAUAUAAAUGUUUAGAGUGUGGAAAGACAUUUGCUCAUAGCAGUAAUCUUAUUUCCCAUAAAAGGAUCCACUCGGGAGCGAAACCAUAUAAAUGCAUAGAGUGUGGAAAGACCUUUGCUCAUAGAAGUACACUUACUUCCCAUGAAAGGAUCCACACAGGAGAGAAACCAUUUAAAUGCAUAGAGUGUGGAAAGACCUUUGCUCUGAGCAGUAGACUUACUAUUCACAAAAAAAUCCACACAGGAGAGAAACCAUUUAAAUGCAUGGAAUGUGGAAAGACCUUUGCUCUGAGCAGUAGACUUACUAUCCACAAAAAGAUCCACACAGGAGAGAAGCCAUAUAAAUGCAUGGAGUGUGGAAAGACGUUUACUGAUCGUAGUGGACUUACAAGCCACAAAAAGAUCCACUCAGGAGAGAAACCAUAUAAAUGCAUGGAGUGUGGGAAGAACUUUGCUCGGAGCAGUGACCUUAGAAGCCACAAAAUGCUCCACACAGGAGAGAAACCAUUUAAAUGCAUGGAGUGUGGGAAGACCUUUGCCCGGAGCAGUGGCCUUAGAAGCCACAAAACACUCCACACUGGAGAGAAACCAUUUAAAUGCAUGGAGUGUGGAAAGACUUUUGCUGAAAGAGGUAAUCUUAUUUCCCAUAAGAUGAUCCAUACAGGAGAGAAGCCGUAUAAAUGCAUGGAGUGUGGAAAGACGUUUAGUCAUGGUUACCUCAGCAUAGAAUAG